AUGUCAUCUAAAGAUUUUCCUGAAGACAAAAAUGCUGAAUUCAUACAAAGAACAAAAGAAAAAUGUAUUCAGAAACAAAGUUGUAAAAGAAAUAUCAUUCGUCUAGAAGAUUCAAUACCAUCUGAUGCUGAUCAAAUGAUUAUAUCAGUUGAUGAUACAUUAGAUGAUCAUCUCCAGUCUAUUCGUGAUAUUCAAAAUUCUAACAUUCAACAAGUUCAUGGAAAAAGACCCAGACUUUCUAGCCGUAAUUUUAACAUUAUUAGAAUGACAUCUUCCCAAGAAACUAGCAUAUAUUCAAACGUUAAUAUCCUUGGUGGAAAUCCCAAAGAAUCUACAGAAUCAAAUAUCUCAUUCAGUUCUUCAGCUACGUCAAACUACUCUGUAGAUUUAUUGCAAGAAACAUCAACAAAAGCACCAAUAGAGACAAUUCAACUUUCUGAACAAGUUACGCUGCAACAGGCAGUCCUUGUUGAUCAAUCAGAAUCAAGUUCUCAAAGAGUUCGACCAAGAUCUGUUUUUGGCAGAUCACAUCGUCAUAAUGUUGUGCAUAGACAAAUAUUACAAAAUGUUCCAGUUGAAGCUAAUUUUUUACCAAACGUGCCACCUUGUAAACAUUGCAAAGCGAAGAAAUUCUUUCAUGAAACAAAUAGUUUCUGCUGUGCCGACGGAUCAAUUUCUUUGGCAACAAAUGAUGUUCCAGAUCAACUUUAUAACUUAUUCGUUUCAAAUACUGCUGAAUCUAUACAAUUUCGGACAUAUGUUCGAACGUAUAACAACAAAUUUGCUUUCACAUCUUUUGGAGUUAAGUUUGACAGAAAUCUAUGCCAAAGAAAUAGAGGAAUCUAUACAUUUCGAGCUCAAGGCCAGAUUUAUCAUUAUCUCCCCGAUUUAGUUCCUUCAGAUGGUCAACCUUCUAACUUGCAACUAUAUUUUUAUGACACUGAACAUGAAUUUGAGAAUCGCAUUGUUGAUUCAAUCAGAAUGAAUCCUUCUAUUAUUGCUCAACUUAUGGAUAUCCUUCGUGUAAAUCCAUAUUCUACAUUCUUCCGAUCUAUUGGUGAUUUACCAAAUUUAGAGCAUCAAAAAAUCUGUAUAAAAUCAAAUCCUGGUUUGGAUCAACGGGUGUUUAACGCCCCAACAUCAUCAGAAGUUGCAGCGAUUUGGGUUGAAAACGAUGAUUCAGAACAUUCAACACCUCGUGAUAUCUUUGUAUUUAACCAUAUUGGUGGGAGUCAUUUAGUUCAAUAUUAUUUUGGUUGCUACGAUCCGCUUCAAUAUCCAUUGCUAUUUCCUUUUGGUGAUAUUGGAUGGCACCAAGGCAUACAAAGAAUCAACAAAAGAAGUGCAUCUGUAUCUACCAAUAAUUCCACAGCUGAAUUACUCAAUCCUCACCAAUCAACAUCAGCAGAACAAUUACUCAGAAGAGAACAACAAGUUUUAAACCGAAAAAGAAAAGAUCCAACUGUUUCUUGCCGUGAAUAUUAUUGUUACAAGUUACAAAUCAGAGAAAAUCUGAAAUCUAUUCUUCUAAUCUCUGGUCGACUUCUUCAACAAUUUGUUGUUGAUAUGUACGUGAAGAUAGAAACUUCAAGACUAGAUUAUUUUCGCUGCAAUCAACAACACAUUCGAUCUGAAUUAUAUCAAGGUAUUGUUGAUAGCAUUGAUCUUGGAGAAACAAAUGCUUCUAGAAUUGGCAAGCGUAUAAUUUUGCCUUCAUCUUUUAUCGGAGGCCCAAGAGAUAUGAAAAAAAGAUAUAUGGAAGCAAUGACUUUAGUUCAACGAUAUGGCAAACCAGAUAUUUUUUUGACAAUGACCUGCAAUCCGAACUGGAAAGAGAUUUCAAAUGAAUUGCAACCACAUGAAGAAACUCAAAAUCGGCCUGACUUAAUUGCUCGAGUCUUUAGAACAAAAUUAGAAGACCUAAAGUAUCAACUAUUCAAGCGAGAAAUAUUUGAAAAAAUCUCAGCAUAUGUAUAUGUUAUUGAACACCAAAAGAGAGGACUUCCACAUGCUCAUUUUCUGAUUAUAUUGCGUCAAGAUUGGAAAUUAUAUGCACCAGAAUCUUUUGAUGAGAUCGUAUCUGCUGAAUUACCUGACAAAAACAACAACUUACAUCUCUAUACAGCUGUUAUCAAACAUAUGAUGCAUGGACCAUGCGGACAUCUAAAUCCAGCAAAUAUAUGCAUGAAAAAAAAUGGUUGUUGCAAAAAUAAUUACCCAAAACAUUUUGUUUCAAACACUGUUAUUGGAAAUGAUUGCUUCCCAAUAUACAGACGCUCCAACAAUGGAAGAACAGCCAGAAUUAGAGGCCAUGAUUUGGAUAAUCGUUGGGUUGUUCCAUACAACCCUUAUUUACUUGCAAUGUUUGAUUGCCAUAUCAAUGUUGAGAUAUGUUCUACAAUAAAAGCUGUCAAGUAUCUCUACAAAUACAUUUAUAAAGGCCAUGAUCGUGUUGCAUUCAAUUUAGUUCCUGAACAAAGCAUUCAUCAAAUUGACGAAAUUGAACGAUUUCAAUCAGCUCGAUGGAUUGCUCCACCAGAGGCUAUGUGGAGAAUAUUUGGAUUUAUUGUCAAUGAAGUUCAUCCUGCAGUUUAUAGUUUACAUUUACAUCUUGAAAAUCAACACCAGGUGACUUUCCGUGCUCAUGAAAACUUAACAAAUGUGAUGAACUCUGAUCUUUCAGCAAAAUCAAUGCUAACAGAAUUCUUCGCAACAAAUCAAGUUGAUCAAAAUGCAAGAAAAUUAUUAUAUAGAGAAUUCCCUGAAUUCUAUGUUUGGAGUCAGCAAUACAAAAUGUGGACUGUUCGAAAAAAACAAAUUGUGAUAGGUCGAAUUGUUACAGCAAAUCCUUUUGAAGGAGAAAGUUUAAGAAGACUAUUCGCAACAAUUUUAGUUUAUUGCAAUCCGACAAAUCCAAGAGAUCUUUGGGAACGCUUUGAGCGAGAUAUGUCUGCUGAUUUCCAAUUAAUUGGAUGUUCUUCAUCAAAUGUUAGAACUGAAACUUUACACUCUAUCUCCACAAUCCUCGAAUCAAUGGGUAAAGACAUUAAUUCAUUCCAUCUUAUUGACCAAAACAUUGAUUCUGAUGAAGAUGGAUUUCUAUCUAGAGAAAUUGAUGACGAAUUGGCUAUUCCAAUACCAGAAGAAGACCUUCAUGCAUCAACACUGCUUAAUAGCGAACAACAAAAUGCUUACAAUUCAAUCUUGCAAAAAGUUUUAUCAAAUCAAGCUGCUGCAUUCUUUAUUGAUGGUCCUGGUGGAACAGGAAAAACAUUUUUAUACAAGGCACUCCUUGCUACAACAAGAAAGAAACAAUUAAUUGCUCUUGCAACUGCUUCGUCUGGUGUUGCAGCAUCAAUCUUACCUGGCGGUCGAACUGCACAUUCACGAUUCAAAAUUCCAUUAAAUGUCGACAAAAAUUCAACGUGCAGUGUCAGUAAACAAAGUGGACUUGCAAGAUUACUGCAAACAACAAAGUUGAUCAUAUGGGAUGAAGCUCCAAUGUCUAAAAAAGAAUCCAUAGAAGCAUUAGAUUAA